UGCCGCUCAUCCUCUUCAACUGCGGAUCGAAUGAGAACGGCACAGACAUCGACGGCCGGAGCUGGAUGGGCGAGCCAUCGGCGAAGGGUCUUCUGACGUCGAGCAAUUCACAGCCUGCGGCCGCGUCGUUCCAAGAUCCAUCCAUCACCUCCCCUGUUCCUUACAUGACCGCCAACAUCUUCACCUCUGAGUCCACCUACAAGUUCCCUGUCUCCGGUAGCGACCGCCAUUGGGUCCGCCUCCAUUUCUACCCGACGACCUACAACACCCUCAACUCCUCCAACUCCUUCUUCGACGUCACCGCCUCCGGUGGAAUCACCCUGUUGAGAAAUUUCAGCGCUUACAUCACUGCCCAAGCCCUGUCCCAGGCCUAUCUCAUCAAGGAAUUCUCCUUGAACCCCUCUGAUGACGGAUUCUUAAGCCUGACCUUCACGCCUUCGAAGAACUACCAAGGGUCAUACGCUUUUGUCAACGGCAUCGAGAUUGUCUCAAUGCCUAACAUCUACAGUCAGUCUGCAAUCCUCGUCGGGAGCACGGACCAGACUGUCGAUGUCGGGACGUUUGCGUUCCAGACGAUGUUUCGGGUCAAUGUCGGUGGGCAGUACAUUCCCCCAACGAAUGACUCCGGACUGUCGAGGACGUGGUAUGACGAUACUCCCUAUAUUUUCGGAGCUAGCAUCGGCGUCACAAGUGGGGCAGGUGAUAAGGCCAGGAUUGAGUACCCGAACGAUGAGGCGAAGCUCAUAGCCCCGGACGACGUUUACAAGACUGCUCGAACCAUGGGACCCGAUAGCCAGAUCAAUCUGAAUUACAACCUCACCUGGGUGUUUCAGGUGGAUGCAAACUUCACUUACAUGGUCAGGCUGCACAUGUGCGAGACACAGGUUAGUAAAGUUAACCAGAGGGUGUUCGAUAUCUUCGUCAACAACCAGACCGCUCAGGCCGCCGCUGACGUCAUUGGUUGGGCAUCGAACAAGUUCGUGCCUAUCUACAAGGACUACACGACAUUCGUCAGCGAUGAGGCCGGAGAUGUGAUGCUGUGGGUGGCUCUUCAUCCGAAUCAAGAAAUGAAGCCCGAGUUCUACGACUCAAUUCUCAACGGUCUGGAGAUAUUUAAGCUCAGCAAUAGCGAUGGUAACUUGGCAGGACCGAACCCAGUCCCGUCGCAGUUGAUGCAGGAAGCUGAAGCAGGGUUUAACAAGGGUUUCCAGGAGUCGCCCAGCAAGAAAGCAUACAUUAUUGGUGGAGCAGCCGGAUUGGUGGCCAGCACUGGGAUUAGUCCUACGAUAGUCUUGCGUCGCUACAGAGGAAAAGGAAGGUGCUCGCCUGCCCCCUCAACUCGUGGGUCUGGCUGGCUUCCAUUAUAUGGAAGUUCUCAGACUUCAGCGAGCAAGUCGACUGUCUCUGGUGGUGCAGCAGCAUGUUUCAUUCAUGGCUGCAUAGCCUCUGCAGGCAUUUCUUCAAUCGCCGAAAUCAAACAGGGGACUAAGAACUUCGAGGAGUCGCUGGUCAUCGGUGUCGGAGGGUUUGGAAAAGUGUACAAGGGGAUUGUGGACGGGAGCACAAAGGUGGCUGUCAAGAGAUCAAAUCCGUCGUCGGAGCAAGGAGUGCAUGAGUUCCAGACGGAGAUUGAGAUGCUGUCCAAGUUGCGGCACAAGCAUUUGGUGUCCUUGAUCGGAUACUGUGAAGAAGAUGGAGAGAUGUGCUUGGUGUAUGAUUACAUGGCCUAUGGGACUCUGAGAGAGCACCUGUACAACAACAAGAAGGCACCGAUGUCUUGGAAGCAGAGGCUAGAGAUCUGCAUCGGAGCAGCGAGAGGACUCCAUUAUCUGCACACUGGAGCCAAGUACACAAUCAUACACAGAGACGUGAAGACCACCAACAUCCUCUUGGAUGAGAAAUGGGUUGCCAAAGUUUCAGACUUUGGACUGUCCAAGACUGGACCGACGAUGAACCAGUCGCACGUCAGCACGGUCGUCAAGGGAAGUUUCGGGUACUUGGAUCCCGAGUACUUCAGGAGGCAGCAGCUGACGGAUAAAUCCGACGUUUACUCCUUCGGUGUUGUUCUCUUCGAGGUGUUGUGUGCUCGCCCAGCGCUCAACCCGUCUCUGCCAAAAGAACAAGUUAGUCUCGCUGACUGGGCCCUGAACUGUCUAAGGAAGGGAACUUUCAGUGACAUAAUUGAUCCGCACCUCAAAAGAAGGAUGGAUCCAGAAUGCCUGAAGAAGUUUGCGGAGACGGCGGAGAAAUGCUUAUCUGAUCACGGAGUCGACAGGCCUUCGAUGGGGGAUGUGCUAUGGAAUCUGGAGUUUGCUCUUCAACUGCAAGAGAGCUUUGAAGAUGGCAAGUCCUCCAAGGGUGGGAGUAUCGAUAUGCCAGAGUCCGUGAGAAGCGAAAUCAUCUCAGGAGAGCAUAAUGGAGGUGCGAGUACCGGGGGGAGCGAGGCAAGUAAUGAUACGAACAGCAACGGGAUCUUUUCUCAGCUCAUUAGUCCAAAGGGGCGAUAAUAAGAACGAUAUCCAUGGUUGAUUCCCGGUUGAAUUUCAGUCGAUUUAAGGAAGGUUAUCCUGCGAUGUGGGGCUGUUGUUGAGUGGUCUAUUGGUUUUUUCGGCAAAUUAAUUACAUUACUUGUACACGGUCAGGUUCUUGGAACUGGGAGUAAUUUGUAUUAAACAGGUCAAACAAUUUCUCUCCUAAUAUUGAUUUCAUGUCUAUCUGAUGUUCUA